AUGGCGAUGACCCAAUUGGCUGAUCUACCUGUAGCAGCAUCGCUGCAGGCAACAACAAACCAGGUGAAUAGUCAAGGAGGAGCUCAUAUGAUUCUCAGUAGCUUUAAUGAGCGUAGCGUCCCUUGCGAGCAUCGUAAACUGUUCGAAGCGAUCAAGACAAAUCCAAGAGGAACAGAACCAACCGCACCUGUGAAGCGUUUGUUAACUUCAUCAAGACCUUCGGCUCAGUAA